UGGCCAACAGUUUUCAUUUGUCGUCGUAGCAGGUAGUCAUUUAUUUAGUGACUUUACAGCUCCACAGGACGAUUCCCUUGAGCUCUAUUCAAAUUUUAUCCUUUUCUUUAUAAUUUCUGCUACACGUGAGCAAGCCAGAUGCCAACAAUGAGUAAUCAGCUGGGCGAGAAACGGCAACAGUCCUACACAGAAGUAAGCUCCUUCCAGAUGAGCGACGGCUUAGCACACAACAUGGAACCGGUGAAGACGAGUCGCAUCUUUCUGGCUGCUGUGGCAGCCAAUUUAUCCGCCUUUGGGAUAGGCAUCUGCCUGGGCUGGACAUCGCCCAUUGGACCAAAGCUUAAGAGUCCAGAUACCUCGGACUCGCCUCUGGACAGACCCAUAAGCUCUGACGAAGAUGCGUGGAUAUCUUCGCUAAUCGCAAUUGGCGCCUUGGUGGCACCCUUCUUGGCUGGUCCAAUGGCGGAUCGGGUCGGACGCAAGUGGGUGCUGCUCACCAGCAACGUUUUCUUCUUGCUCGCCUUUGCGCUCAACAUGGUGGCCUCCGAGGUCUGGAUCUUGUACUUGUCUCGUGUGGUUCAGGGAUUCGGCGUUGGCUUUGUCAUCACCGUACAGCCAAUGUACGUGGGUGAGAUUUCCACAGACAAUGUACGCGGUGCCACCGGCUCACUGAUGCAGCUCUUCAUUGUUUGUGGCAUUUUGUAUGCCUAUGCCAUUGGCCCGUUUGUAUCCUACCAGGCGCUGCAGUGGUGCUGCAUUGUGGUGCCCAUCAUCUCAGAUGCGGUGUUCUUCUUCAUGCCCGAGAGUCCCUACUAUUUGGCCGGUAAGGGCCGCAAGACAGCUGCUCUGCGCUCGCUGCAGUUUCUGCGUGGACAGAGCGCUGAGGGUGUGCACGACGAGAUGGCGAUGAUACAGGCCAAUGUCGAGGAGUCCAUGGCCAACAAGGGCACAAUGCUCGAUCUCGUCAAGGUGUACAGCAAUCGCAAGGCGCUGCUCAUAUGCGCCGGCCUCAUCAGCUUCCAGCAGCUAUCGGGCAUCAAUGCGGUGCUCUUCAACAGCCAGUCGAUCUUUGCCAGCGCCAAAACCGGUCUGGAUCCGGCCAUUGCCACCAUAAUUAUUGGCUGCGUCCAGGUUGGCGCAUCCGGUCUGACGCCCCUCGUUGUGGAUCGCAUGGGCAAGAAACUGCUUCUGAUCAUGUCGGCCAGUGUGAUGAGCAUCGGUCUGGCGGCCUUAGGUGGCUUCUUCUACAUGCAGUUGGUCGUGGGGGAUAUUUCCAAUGUGAUUUGGCUGCCAGUGCCCGCAUUAAUCAUCUACAUUGUCGUCUACUGCGUGGGCUUCGGUCCAUUGCCAUGGGCCGUGCUCGGUGAAAUGUUUCCGGCGAAUGUUAAAUCAUCGGCCUCCUCUGUGGUGGCCAGCACCUGUUGGAUUCUCGGCUUCCUGGUCGCGCGCUAUUAUCCGGCUCUGGAUGCACUUGGGUCCCACUAUGCAUUCUGGUUCUUUUCCGGAUGCUGCAUGCUAGCAUUAUUUUUUGUCUUAUUCUUCGUGAUAGAGACUAAGGGCAUGAGUUUGAAGGAGAUUCAGAUUCGUCUCGGCGAAAAGUAGAACUAGAUUUAAUCGUGAUGUACAGAUUGUGUAGUAGAGCCUUGCUGAUCCUAUAAGCUUAAGUUGUAUACGCAAGUAUUUCUUUAUCUAUUUAUAAGAAUAUUGUUAA